AUGGCUUCGUUUAUGCCCAGGGCGAAGGAUGUCAUAACAGAGGAGGACAUUCAAGCUUGGGUUUCUGCCGGUGUCCGUGCGGCGACGCCUCUCAUGAAUUCCGAGACUCGCGAGAUUCUUCUCUUUGCAAUGCGAGAACACCAGCGCAUCCUGGAAGAACAGACCCGGGUCCUGGCCAUGCGGCGAACCCUGGAGGUUCAGUCCGGGGCCAUGCAGCACACGAUCGAGACACAAGGCCGGCAGGUCACGCGCUUGAUCGCCUUCGGCGGUCUCACGGCCAUCUUCUCCAAGUUCUGGCAGGACAUUCCCCCCUGGCUUCGGGACAAGCGAUGGUCGAUUGCGGCGGCGUACGGCCUAGGUGUGCUUGCGAUCAUCUUUGGGGAAGUUGCAAUCUGGCACAUGGGCAAGAAGCGCCUGGCCGGGAAUGAUCCAGGUGCGCUCACCUUCCUUGGGCGCUUCCUGCUGUCGGCAACCGCUGGGGUCCUGGAAAAGCCUACGGACAGCCAGACAGGAGGGAGGGAGGGACGGACGGAGGGCCAGACCGACAGACCGACGUCACCGCUGGAGUGGUUGGCCUUUUCCGGGAUGUGGGAGCUGCAAAGGUGCCACGUGACUGACGGACUGAGGGGGAAAGACUUGGCGCAAGGGAAGGAGGAGGGGAUGACGAGGAGAUGA